AUAACUGACUCGGCUGGACACAUCCUAUAUGCCAAGGAGGAUGCUACUAAGGGCAAGUUUGCCUUCACCACUGAAGACUACGAUAUGUUUGAGGCCUGUUUUGAGAGCAAGCUUCCUGUGGGAACAGGGAGGAUGCCGGACCAGCUCGUGAUUCUGGAUAUGAAGCAUGGAGUUGAAGCAAAGAACUACGAGGAGAUUGCUAAAGUGGAGAAGUUGAAGCCUCUGGAAGUAGAAUUGAGGCGUCUGGAAGAUCUUUCAGAGUCCAUCGUUAAUGACUUCGCCUAUAUGAAGAAACGAGAAGAAGAGAUGAGGGACACAAAUGAGUCGACAAACACCCGGGUUCUGUACUUCAGCAUUUUCUCCAUGUGCUGUCUCAUCGGACUGGCCACCUGGCAGGUUUUCUACUUGCGUCGUUUCUUCAAAGCCAAGAAACUGAUUGAGUAAAGGAGCAAGUCCUCCUCCCCUUCCUCUCAGACCCAGCUGGACACCGCUGGGACCCAGCCAUGGCCCCCUGGAGCCAUCUCACAAUGAUACCCACUGACUGGAGCUUUUCUACAGGAACUUGGACCCUAAAGGGGAAGGGGAGCCUAAACAUUGGAGUAAAUGGGGGACUUGUGAAAUCCUGGUGGAUGUUGAGGGUGGGGGACGUUGUGAUGGGUUUGGGGAUUCCUGGGGCAGAGAUUAAAUAAAAAAAAGAAGUUUCCAUGACAGCUGCAGCAAGUUUUUGCGCUGUCUGUUCUCCUUUUAUAAUCUUGGCUUGAUGAUGUCUCCCAUCUGUCUGUGACUGUAGUGUUACUCUGAGGCACUUGACCCUGCUGAGCUCUUUAGGUGCCAUGCAGCUAGCGCCGCAGCAGAGCAGAGGAUUCCCUGGUCUGACCAGCUGGGAUCUAAGCCUUGUGCAAACAGAGGUGAGUGCAAAGCAAUAGGAUUCAUCAUUCCAGCAGGGCCUGAGGAUAGAGGGAGGUCCAAGGUUUGGUCCCUGUCGUGGACCUCUGUGUUUCUCCCUGUGGGAGCUGGUCUUUGUGCUGACAGGUCAGGGCACUUGAGUGUACGGUUGUUCAGCCUGGAGGAAGGGGAGCCUUGGAAGGAGGGCUUGGGAUCAUGUUUGAGCUUGUAAAGGAGAAGCCUGCUUUGCUCAAAUACACUGUCCAGCCU